AUGUACAUCGAGGCAAACAUCAUCCCACUCAUGCGGCGACUGCUGGAAGAAGAUGACGAAUUCUUGAGGGGUCGAUGUCUGGGUGCACUUGCGAAUCUGGCGAGCAACAACACGAAAGCAGUUGAAAGGAUGCCGGACAUGGAGGAUGCGAUCGUGGAGAUGCUCUGCCAGCACGACUCUGAACAGCUGCAAUGCCGCUGUCUGCAGCUCUUGUGGGCACUACUUCGUGCUGCUAGAAGCAAGAGGCAGAAGCCACCGGUAUUUAGCAGUUCUCGGCUGCUGGGUGCAGUCCUCGAUGCCCUGGCCAAGCAUUCCAAGAGCGAGAACUUGCAGGUCCAAGGCAUGGGCUUCUUGUGGAACUUGACUGCUCUUGGACAAGAGCAGAAGCGCUGGGUUCUGGAGCAUAAUGGUCUCAGACUUGCAGUGGCUGCCCUGGAAACCCAUGCAGACAGCCGCCCCGUGCAACAUCAUGGGUUGGAGCUGUUGCGGAGCCUUUCGUGUCUCGGACCCGAGGCACGGAAGCAGGUUCAGAACGCCAGAGCUGUGGACUUUGCCAAGGCAGCACUUGUGAUGAGAGGUGACCCUCGUAUUCUUUGUGCAGCUACCGCCUUAUUGGGGAAUCUUGCCUGUGGGGAUCCGGCUGUGAAGCGUCAGCUCUUCGAUCAGGACAUACCUAAAGAGAUACUGUCUGGCAUGGAAGACUAUGCACGCGAUGUCGGCGUGCAAGUUGUCGGGGCAUGGGCAUUGGGGAAUUUCGUCGGAGUCAGUCGUAAGCGUGCUCGGCAGCUUUAUGAGCUUGGAGGCAAAGACCGCGUCUUUUUGGCCAUGUCUGAGUACCCAUUGAAUGAUAGCAUGAAGAUGUAUGGUACAGCAGUAAUUCGUAGGUUGGAGUUGGUGCAGGAUCUGACGAUGAGUGCUGACAAAAUGGAGGAGGAUGACGAAGAGGAUGCGAAUGCAGAUGAGAUCGCCGAAGGAAAAAGCUUUGCAGAACUGGACAAAGAGGUGGAGGAGGAUGCGGGCUCUGAGAGCGAAUCGUCUGAAGAUGCAGAGCUCCAGGCGAAGAUUCAAGCAUUGGCUAAGCAGACAGGGCAAGGGCAAGGCGAUACUCGAAGUGGGGUUAAACUCGGGAGUGACGACGGAGAUUGA